AACAAAUACCCCGGAUGCUGCUUAUGAAAAUGGAGGACAUAGCAAAGAAACCGAUUCGGAGUUAGGCAUGGAUCUAAAUAUUGUAUAACGACCUCAUUUUUAUAUAGUGUAGCUCAACGCUUAUUAGCCAUUACUGAGGACACACGAAGAAUUGCGUUCUACUUUGAAAUUGUUACUAGUGAACUGCUGAAAUGGCUAUGGAAAGGGCCAAGUAUGUUGAAACUCCAGUGCAGAGCUGCAGUAAGACCAGAGGGUUGCCUGGCUUGCCGCCUCUUCCAACACAUUCCAAGGAACAAUCAGAUCUAUACAAGAUUGUUUUGCGGAACAGUGAGCACCCACCUAUAAUGAAGGGUACUUCAUGGACUCUAGCAGCUCCAUUCAAAGAAGAGCGAUAUCAUCGAACUCCAAGUGAAUCAAUAGCUAAUAAUUACACCCCGUCAGCAUGUGAUUUAAAGAUGAGAGAUCUUCCCAAACUGCAAAGACAAAAAACAAAAUACCUGGAAGAUCAGAUUUAUUCUGGUAUAUAUACCAAGAAAGAGCUGCCACCUAUCAAUGAUGUACUAGGGAAGAAAAGUCCAAGAAAAUCACCAAGAAGUCCUACAUUUGUAAAUGGGAAUGCCAAUGGUGUUAAUGGAACAAAUGGAGUAAAUGGCCAUGAUGUGUUACCAGACAUUGGAACAGAAAUACCACCUAGUAGACCAUUCACACCUAAUGAACAACUAGACAUAAUGAGAGCUUUCGAGGAUCAUGAAAUAACAGAAACAGGAGAACCAUCAAACAGAGAUGAGGAAAGAUAUUACUAUUACAUACAGAAAGGUGUAAAGAGGCAGAUGUUAGCUCCUCCUCAUCCUGACACAAUGAAGAAUAUAAGAUCUCUAGUCCCUCCAACACUCCUGUCUAGUACUUCUCUAACACCUAUGGUACGGGACCUGUCUGAGGAAGUGCAGAAGGAUUAUGAGUUCAGUUUGAGAAAAACCAUUGUUGACUACAUUUUAAAAGAUCCAACAGAAAAAGAAAGACUGCACAUUGCUUGGACACCAAAGCCUUUCCCUCACAGAGUCAUUAGAGCUCCAGUUCCAUGGCAUGAUAGCUAUAGAAACAUGAAAGACACAAACAGAAUCCAUCUGUUUAUUACAAAUCCUAUAAUGUUAAAAUUGCAGGAUAUUUGGUUUGACCAAUUCAAUGAACUGAGAUUUGUAAACCUGAAAGAACUAAAUGAAGCAGAUUUACCUUUAUUACCAUCAGAGUUUGAAUCCUUGGUAAAGAAACAAUGUUGGGAAGCACAUGAAGUUCUGAGAAAAAGCUGGAUACCAAACUGUGCCAAGUUAUUUGUUGAGCACAAUGAAUUAUGGGAAGACCUUGUCCCUCCAGAAGAUGAUGACUCCACAGAACUUGUUGAGGAAUUCUUUGCCUGUGUUGCAGGUCUCAUGUCUAUACAACUGAGAGGAAUGGUCAUCAAUUCUCUUGCUGACUUCCUCAAAUUCUUUGAAACUCAUAAAGCAGGAAAUGAUUUUGAAGAACCAUUUGAUGAACUGAAAUACUUAGAGACAUCAAUGAUGAUAAUAAAACUGAAAGUAGAAGAACCUAAGAUUGUAUUUGAUCCUGCUUUCAAAGAAAUAAGAGACAUUAUACUUAGAUGUUUCUCUGAAAUUGUGGCUAGCGGAGAUGGAUUAACAAGGGUUGAAUGUGAGUUGUUUCCAGACAUGAGAAGUAAGAAGUUACUGUUGAGAACUGUCAAGAUAGAGGAAUCUUUAGUUGUAGAAUAUGUAGACAAAGCUAUGGAUAUAUUUAAAAAUAACACAGUUGGACCACAAAAGUACUUAAACACAUACAAGAAGUAUGCUAACUUGCUGAACAAUGAAGCAGAGCAAGAAGUUGCUGCCUUCCUCAGAGAAGAUCACUCAAUUGAAGCUUAUAAACAGAAAAUCAUAGCCUUUAACAAAUUAAGAGAAGAAAUAGCUUUAUUGAGGAUAACAGUUCCACUGAGUAUGUUCUGUCUGGACUGUGUAGCAUUGAAUGAUGACCUGUGUGGCAGAGCAGAAAGACUGAAGGAUAAACUGGUUACUAGACAAAUUGAUGACAAUAGAGACAUGAACAGAGCUUUGUGUGAGAAAUAUGACAAAAUGGCUGAUAAAGUAAAUGAAACACCAAAAACAACACAAGAACUGGUGGAAAUACAGGAAUACUUGAAAACUUCCCAGGAGGUGACAGUGUAUAAGUUAAAAGAUGAUAUAGAGGAUGCCAAGGAUCGCCUUAUGUUUUUGCUGGAUUAUGCUAUUUAUCCAACUGAAGACCAGAAGUUGAACACACAUGUAUUCCACUGGCCAGAUCACAUAAAGAACGUGUUCGAGAUAGCUCAGAAGAUUAUUCUUAGUAAGAGAGAUUCUAUUGAAGAUGAACUUAAGAGUAGGGUUGCCAAGUUUGAGGAGAAAUUGAACGAUAUGAUGAAAGAAGUUGAAUCUUUCAAGAAGAAGGAAUUCCUCAGUGAAGAUGCUAUGAGAAACAACACUGAACAGUUGGCUACACUAGAUACAAACUUAGUAGCAGCACGUGAUGAACUAGAGGGUAUCAAUGAUGAGGAAACAUUAUUAGAAUGGGAACAGAGUUUCUUCCCUCAGUUACAACAGAUGUUUACCAUGAAAGAACCAUAUGAAAAACUAUGGAAUACUGCUUAUUCCUUCCACCAGAAACAUGAGAAAUGGCUUAAUGGUGCAUUCCAGGAUUUGAAUGCUGAAGUAAUAGAAAAUGAUGUGGGAGACAUGUGGAGACAGAUGUACAAGUUGACAAAGACAUUCAAUGAUCAAGCUGGACCACGUAGAAUUGCUGAUAAUGUCAGAGGGAAAAUUGACAAGUUUAAACAGCAUCUGCCAAUCUUAUCUACAAUUUGCAAUCCUGGAAUAAGGGAGAGACAUUGGCAGAGGAUGAGUGAAAUAGUAGGGACAGAUAUCAGACCAGUAGAGGGAACUUCACUCAGUAAUAUGUUAGAGUUUGGUCUAACUAAAUUUCUUGCACAAUUGGAAGACAUUGGAGCAUCUGCAGCCAAGGAGUUCUCUCUGGAAAAAGCUUUGGAGAAGAUGAAGUUUGAAUGGAAAGACAUGGUCUUUGAGUUGCUGCCAUACAGAGAAACAGGCAUUAGUAUUAUGGCUGCCCCAGAUGACAUACAAGUACUGUUGGAUGAUCAUGUUGUGAAAGCUCAGACUAUGAGGGGUUCUCCAUUCAUUAAACCAUUUGAAGCUGAGAUGAAAGAGUGGGAAGAAAAAUUGGUAUUGAUGCAAGACAUCCUGGAUGAAUGGCUCAAGUGUCAAGCCACAUGGUUAUAUCUGGAACCUAUCUUCAGUUCGGAGGACAUAUUAGCGCAGAUGCCUGAAGAGGGUCGUAAGUUUGGCAUUGUAGACAGUGUAUGGAGAGACAUCAUGACUGAGGCUAUCAAAGAUCCUAACUGUCUGGUAGCUACAUCUCAGAAUAACAUGUUGGGACGUCUGAGAGAUGCAAACAACCUGUUAGAUGAAAUCCAGAAAGGAUUGAAUGCAUAUCUAGAGAAAAAGAGAUUGUACUUUCCAAGAUUUUUCUUCUUGUCAAACGAUGAGUUAUUAGAAAUCUUGUCUGAGACAAAAGAUCCAAUGCGUGUGCAACCUCAUUUAAAGAAAUGUUUUGAGGGAAUCAGUAAACUGGAAUUCACAGAAAACCAGGAAAUUGUAGGCAUGAUCUCAGCAGAAAAGGAAACUGUACCUUUUUCAACAAAGAUCAUACCUGCUAAAGCAAAUGGUAUGGUAGAGAAAUGGUUGUUACAAGUAGAAGAUGUAAUGAUGAGCAGUUUACGUAAAGUUAUAAUGGACUCUAACGCUGCCUACAGUACAACACCUCGUAAUCAAUGGGUCGUAGACUGGCCAGGACAAGUUGCCAUCUGUGUAGGCUCUAUAUGGUGGACAUCAGAGGUGACAGAAUCAAUGAAGGAACCAGAUGGAAUAAAGAAAUACCAUUUAAAGUGUAACGGCCAGAUCGACCAGAUUGUCAAAUUGGUGAGAGGUAAACUAGAUCCUGGAAUCAGAGUUACACUGGGAGCUUUGACUGUCAUUGAUGUGCAUGCUCGUGAUGUCGUUGCCCAGAUGUCCAAAGACAAUGUAUCCAGUCCCUUUGAUUUUGAUUGGCUAGCUCAGUUACGUUAUUACUGGGAAGAUGAUGUCAUUGUUAGAAUGAUAACCACAGAUAUCAAAUAUGGUUAUGAGUAUCUGGGUAACUCAGGACGUUUGGUCAUUACACCACUUACAGACAGGUGUUACAGAACUUUAAUGGGAGCUCUGAAGUUGUUCCUUGGUGGAGCACCUGAAGGUCCAGCAGGUACAGGAAAGACAGAGACUUGUAAAGAUUUAGCCAAAGCUGUUGCCAAACAGUGUGUGGUAUUUAACUGUUCAGAUGGUUUGGAUUACAAGGCUAUGGGUAAAUUCUUCAAAGGUUUAGCCCAGGCCGGAGCAUGGGCAUGUUUUGAUGAGUUUAAUCGUAUAGAGUUGGAAGUAUUGUCUGUUGUGGCCCAACAAAUUCUUAGUAUCCAACAGGCUGUAGCAGCAGGACUAAAGAGAUUUGUAUUUGAAGGGACAGAAUUAGCUCUAAAUCCUUCCUGUACAUGUUUUAUUACAAUGAACCCUGGAUAUGCUGGCCGACAGGAAUUACCUGAUAACCUUAAGGUAUUAUUUAGAACAGUAGCUAUGAUGGUGCCCGAUUAUGGUAUGAUUGGGGAGAUCUCAUUGUACUCUAUGGGAUUUGUAGAUGCCAGAAGUUUGGCAAACAAAAUCGUAGCAGUAUACACAUUGUGUUCUGAACAAUUGUCCUCACAGCACCAUUAUGAUUAUGGAAUGAGAGCUGUCAAAUCUGUCUUGACUGCUGCUGGUAACUUGAAACUCAAGUACUUAGAUGAACAGGAACCAGUUCUUCUUCUGAAAGCCAUCAUGGAUGUCAAUCUUCCUAAAUUCUUAGCCCAGGAUGUGCCCCUGUUUGAGGGUAUUAUUUCUGAUCUGUUCCCUGGUGUGGAAUGUCCUAAGCCUGAUUAUGGUUUAUUCAUGGAGGCACUUAAAGACAAUACAGUCAAGAGGAAACUACAACCACAUCCAUGGUUUUUGGAAAAAAUUAUUCAGGUAUAUGAGAUGAUUUUGGUAAGACAUGGUUUGAUGAUAGUUGGAGAACCAUUAGGUGGUAAAACACAGGGAUGGCAAGUGUUAGCUGAUUCCCUUACAGAUCUACAUGCCUCAGGACUCUACCCUGAGUCUAAGACAAUAUACAGAAUAAUCAACCCUAAAUCUAUCACCAUGGGCCAGCUGUAUGGAUGUUUCGAUCCAGUAUCUCAUGAAUGGACUGAUGGUGUACUUGCUAAUACAUUCAGAGAAUAUGCCAGUAAUCCAAAUGAAGACAGGAAGUGGAUUUUAUUUGAUGGACCUGUUGAUGCUGUGUGGAUAGAAAACAUGAACACUGUAUUGGAUGAUAAUAAAAAGCUUUGUUUAAUGAGUGGUGAAAUUAUUCAGAUGUCUAAUGUUAUGAACCUGAUAUUUGAGCCAGCAGAUUUAGAACAGGCUUCCCCUGCUACUGUCAGUAGAUGUGGUAUGAUCUACUUAGAACCACACCAGCUUGGCUGGAGACCAUUCAAAGAAUCCUACAUGAUGUAUGAACUUCCACAUAAUUUAUCACAGGAAGAUAAAGACCUAGUCAAUGACUUGUUUGAGUGGUUAAUUGACCCAUGUUUAUACUUUAUUCACAAGAAAUGUAAAGUGUUCAUGACAACAUCAGAUAUGCACCUGGUUCAGUCUUUAAUGAGGCUGUAUACAUGUCUAUUGGACGAGAUUAAAGAUACAUGUGCCAAAAUGGAGAAAAGUGAAGAACUAGAAGAACAAUCAGAUAUACUUACUAAACAGCAGAUAACGUUAUGGUUACAAGGAUUAUUUUUAUUCUCCUUGAUCUGGACCGUAGGAGGAACUAUUGCUGAUGAUGGACGUAAAUUGUUUGAUACGUUCUUCAGAAAUAUUGUCAGUGGUACAGAUCCUGAUCAUCCUAAACCAAAGUCAAUCAAAAUUACCAAGAGCAACAUGAUUCCAGAGAGAUCCUCAAUAUUUGACUUCUGCUUUGAGAAGAAAGCCAGUGGUAACUGGAUUGAAUGGAUGGAUACAUUAGACAGAAAUAAAAUGACAAUUGCAAAGGAUGCAAAGAUUAAUGAAGUAAUUAUACAGACUACAGACACAGCCAGGCAAGCUUUCUUCCUGACUACAUACCUUCCACAUUCACAGCCCAUGUUGUUUGUUGGACCUACUGGUACAGGAAAAUCUGCUAUAACAAAUGGCUUCCUUCUAGAUCUACCUAAAGAACAGUACAUGCCAAACUGUAUCAAUUUCUCAGCCAGAACAUCAGCCAAUCAGACACAAGAUAUAGUAAUGUCUAAACUUGACAGGAGAAGAAAGGGAGUGUUUGGUCCACCAAUGGGAAAGAAAUCUGUCACAUUUGUUGAUGACUUGAACAUGCCAGCUAAAGAGAAAUAUGGAGCUCAGCCUCCUAUAGAGUUAUUGAGGCAGUGGUUAGAUCAUGGACAUUGGUAUGACAGAAAAGAUACAACUAAAGUUUUCCUAACAGACGUGCUACUUGUAGCAGCUAUGGGUCCACCUGGUGGAGGAAGGAAUGACAUCACAAGUCGUUUUACCAGACAUUUGAAUGUUGUAUCAAUAAAUGAGUUUGAUGAUUCAACAAUGACCAGAAUUUUCACAUCAAUUACAGAUUGGCAUUUUGCCAAUUUUGAAGGAUCAUUUGUAAGGAAUGGAAAGUUAUUGGUAGCAGCCACAAUGGGAGUAUACAAGGAGGCUGUUUUAAAUUUCCUUCCGACUCCAGCUAAGAGUCAUUACGUGUUCAAUUUGAGAGACUUUGCUCGUGUAAUUAGAGGCGUAUUGCUAGUGCCAUCAACCCAUUUACAGGACGCAGAUAAACUUAUGCGUUUGUGGGUCCAUGAAGUUUACAGAGUAUUUUAUGAUCGUCUUAUUGAUCUAGAAGAUAGGGAAAUGUUUUUCAAGAUAGUGAAGGAACAAUGUUCAAAUAGUUUUAAGAUGAACAUAGAUAAAAUCCUUGGACAUUUAUCAGCCAGCGGAACUGUUGUAGAUGAUAACAUUCGUAAUUUGUUCUUUGGGGAUUACAUAGUUGCCGAAAAUAAAGUGUACGAUGAAGUUACAGACUUAAAACAAUUAACAGAAGUGAUAGAAAACUAUUUAGACGAAUACAAUAUGAUCAGUAAAGCACCAAUGAAACUAGUUAUGUUUAAAUUUGCCAUUGAACACAUAUCUCGUGUCUGUCGAGUAUUACUUCAGGAUAAUGGUCAUAUGUUACUUGUGGGUAUUGGUGGUAGUGGACGACAGAGUGCGGUAAAACUGGCCACUUUUAUGGCAGACUUUGAUAUGUUCAUGAUAGAAAUCACUAAGAAUUACACUACUACAGAAUGGAGAGAGGAUAUCAAGAAACUUCUUAUAAAAGCUGGGGCUGAUGGUAAACCAAUGGUAUUCUUGUUUGCUGAUACACAGAUCAAAGAUGAAUCUUUCAUGGAGGAUAUAAGUAUGAUUUUAAACACUGGGGAUGUUCCAAAUAUCUUUGCCUCAGAUGAGAAAGCUGAGUUAAUAGAGAAAAUGCAGGCUGUUGCUAGACAAGAGGAGAAGUAUUCAGGCAAAAAGAUGGAUGCCACACCCUUGGCUAUGUACAACUAUUUCAUUGAACGUGUGAAAAAGAACCUUCACAUAGUGUUAGCCAUGAGUCCUAUUGGAGAUGCCUUCAGGAAUCGUCUUAGAAUGUUCCCGUCACUGAUCAACUGCUGUACUAUAGAUUGGUUCCAGACCUGGCCACCAGAUGCUUUGGAAAUGGUAGCUAAUAAAUUCUUAGAGGAAGUUGAUUUAGAUGAUUCUAUAAGGAAAGAGAGUGUGGUAAUGUGUAAAAUGUUCCAUGAGAGUGUCCGAGAACUUUCUGUCAGCUUUAUGGACCAACUAAGAAGACAUAAUUAUGUGACACCAACAUCAUACUUAGAACUGAUCAUGACAUUCAAGUCUCUGUUGGGUGUCAAACGUGAUGAAAUUCUUACCCUGAGGAAUAGAUAUUUGGUUGGUCUUGAGAAGCUGGAUUUUGCUGCAUCACAGGUCUCCAUUAUGCAGACAGAACUUCAGGCCUUACAACCAGAGCUCAUUAAAACUUCUGCAGAGACAGAGAAGUUAAUGAUCAAAAUAGAACAGGAUACUGUGGAAGUGGAAGCAAAGAAAGAAGUUGUAGCUGCUGAUGAAGCUGUGGCUAAUGCUGCUGCAGCUGCAGCUCAGGCUAUCAAAGAUGAAUGUGAAAGUGAACUGGCUGAGGCUAUCCCAGCUCUUGAGGCUGCAAUUUCUGCCUUAAACACUCUGAAACCAGCAGAUAUUACAUUAGUAAAAUCCAUGAAGAAUCCACCAGCACCUGUAAGGCUAGUUAUGGAAUCCAUAUGUGUAAUGAUGAAUGCCAAGUCUGAGAGAAAACCAGAUCCAACUGGUACAGGAAAGAUGGUAGAAGAUUAUUGGGGACCUUCUCAGAAACUUCUGGCAGAUUUCAAGUUCCUGGAUAGACUGAAGUCAUAUGAUAAAGACAAUAUUGCACCAGCUAUUAUUAAAAAGAUAAGAGAAAAAUACAUAUCCAACCCUGAAUUUGACCCAGUAUUAAUUAAAAAUGCAUCAACAGCUUGUGAAGGUCUUUGUAGAUGGGUAAAAGCUAUGGAUAUUUAUGAUAAAGUUGCUAAAGUUGUAGCACCUAAGAAAAUUAAGUUGGCAGAGGCUGAAUCAGAAUUGGCUGUUCAGAUGGAAAAACUUAAUGCUAAAAGAGCACAGCUCAAAGAGGUAACAGAUAGGUUACAAGCUUUAAAUGAUGAAUUUGAAGCAAUGACACAAAAGAAGAAAGAAUUAGAAACCAAUAUUGAUAUUUGCGAGAAGAAACUGGACAGAGCAGAGAAACUAAUAGGAGGAUUGGGUGGUGAGAAAGACAGAUGGACAGAGGCUGCUAGAUUAUUAGGAGAUAGAUACAUUAACAUCACUGGUGAUGUCCUUCUGUCAUCAGGUUUAGUGGCAUAUCUUGGAGCUUUCACUGUGGAUUAUAGACAGGAAAUAAUUGCCAAGUGGCACAAAGCCUCAAUUGAGCGUAACAUUCCUUGUUCUGAGAAUUUUUCACUGAAUGCUACCCUGGGAGAACCAGUGAAGAUUCGUUCCUGGAAUAUAGCUGGCCUUCCUGUAGAUACCUUCAGUGUUGACAAUGGUAUCAUUGUAUCCAAGUCUCGAAGAUGGCCAUUAAUGAUUGAUCCACAAGGACAAGCCAAUAAAUGGAUAAAAAACAUGGAGAGAGAAAACAAACUUGGAGUAAUUAAACUUUCUGAUGCAAAUUACCUGAGAACUCUUGAGAAUUCUAUACAGUUUGGUACACCUGUGUUACUGGAAAAUGUGGGAGAGGAACUGGAUCCUAUACUGGAACCAAUCUUACAAAAGCUUACAUUCAGACAACAGGGUGUAGAUUAUAUACGUCUUGGAGACAAUGUUAUUGAAUAUUCAAAAGACUUUAAACUGUAUAUUACAACUAGAUUCAGAAAUCCACAUUAUUUACCAGAGAUAUCUGUCAAGGUAUGUUUGGUUAACUUUAUGAUCACACCUCAAGGUUUAGAAGACCAGUUGUUAGGUAUUGUAGCUGCUAAAGAGAAACCUGAACUGGAAGAGAAGAAAAAUCAACUCAUUAUAGAAAGUGCUUCAAAUAAGAAACAACUCAAGGAAAUUGAAGAUAAAAUUCUAGAAGUUUUAUCAUCAUCAGAGGGUAAUAUUCUAGAAGAUGAGACAGCCAUCAAGAUUUUAUCUUCUUCUAAAGUUCUGUCUGAAGAAAUUUCUGCUAAACAAGAAGUUGCAGCAGAGACAGAGAAAGAAAUUGAUGAAACAAGGAAUGGAUACAAACCAGUGGCCAUCCAUUCUUCUAUUUUAUUCUUCUGUAUCUCAGAUCUAGCCAACAUAGAACCUAUGUACCAGUAUUCAUUGACAUGGUUUAUUAAUCUCUACCUUCAGUCUAUAAUGAACAGUAGUCCAUCAAAAGUACUGGAAGAAAGAAUAUUCAACCUGAAUGAUCAUUUCACAAACAGUAUCUACAGGAAUGUCUGUCGUUCAUUGUUUGAAAAAGACAAGCUUUUGUUUUCCUUCCUGUUAUGUAUUGGUAUACUGAAGGGAAUGAGUAAUCCUGACAUAAAUAAGGGUCGAGUGGAUGAUACCAUCUGGCGUUUCCUGUUAACAGGCGGUGUGGCCCUAGAAAAUCCCCAUGCCAAUCCAGCUCCAGUAUGGUUGAGUGACAAGGCAUGGGGUGAAAUUGUCAGAGCUUCUCAGCUUCCUAAUCACAAAGGAUUCUUCAAACAUGUUAGUGACAACAUUGGUCAAUGGAAGCCGCUGUAUGAUUCCUCCAAACCUCAGGAUUUCAAGUUACCAAGUCCAUUCAAUGUUCUCACAGGACUGGAUAAGAUGAUAGUGUUACGUUGUUUCAGACCAGAUAAAAUUGUUCCAGCUGUACAGGACUUUAUCACAGAUAAUUUAGGACAGUCAUAUAUUGAACCACCAACCUUUGACCUGGGUGGAUCAUUUGUUGAUUCUAAUAAUUGCUCUCCGUUAAUUUUUGUUCUUUCCCCUGGUGCUGAUCCUAUGAUGGCUUUGUUGAAGUUUGGAGAAGAUCGAGGUUACACCCAGUCAGGAGGAACUAUACAGACUAUAUCACUUGGACAGGGACAGGGCCCUAUAGCCUCCAAGAUGAUAGACAAGGCAACUAAAGAUGGAACAUGGGUGGUGUUACAGAAUUGUCAUUUAGCUACAAGCUGGAUGCCUGCUCUAGAGAAGAUUUGUGAAGAAGUCAUCAGACCAGAAAAUGCACAUGAAAACUUCCGACUCUGGCUCACCAGUUAUCCCUCGGAUCAGUUCCCUGUUUCCAUUCUACAAAAUGGUGUAAAGAUGACAAAUGAACCUCCAAAGGGAAUGAAAAAUAAUCUGUUGAGAUCAUACAUGAAUGACCCAAUUUCUGAUGCUAAUUACUUUGGCGGAUGUAAUAAACCUGAAAAGUUCCACAAAAUGUUGUUUGGUUUGUGCUUCUUUCAUGCCUUGGUACAAGAGAGAAGAAAGUUUGGACCACUUGGCUGGAACAUUCCUUAUGAGUUCAAUGAAUCAGAUUUACGUAUCAGCUUGAGACAGAUGUUGAUGUUCCUGAAUGACUAUGAUGAGUUACCUUUACCUGCUUUGUCUUACCUGACUGGUGAAUGUAAUUAUGGUGGACGUGUCACUGAUGAUAAGGACAGACGUCUACUCAUGUCACUAUUGGCCAUUACUUAUGUAGAAGAUAUUAUAACCAAUCCAGAUUACAAAUUUUCUGACAGUGGAUUAUAUUACUCCCCUCCAGAUGGUCCUCAUUCAAGUUUUGUAGAAUAUAUUAAAACUUUACCAUUAAAUGCCUCACCAGAAGUAUUUGGUCUCCAUGAAAAUGCAGAUAUCACUAAAGACAACAAAGAAACAAAUUUGUUGUUUGAAAACAUUCUGCUUACCUUACCAAGACAGUCAGGAGGAGGAGGAAAGUCAACUUCAGAAGUCAUUAAAGACUUAGCAAUGGAUAUCCUUAGUAAAAUGCCUCCAUUGUUUGAUAUGGAUAUGGUUAUAAAGAAAUACCCUGUAGUGUAUAAUGAAUCUAUGAACACUGUCUUGCGUCAGGAAUUAAUCAGAUUUAACAGACUGACACAUGUAGUCCGUGUUUCACUGGUCAAUCUGCAGAAAGCUAUAAAAGGUUUAGUGGUCAUGUCAUCAGAUUUAGAGGAAGUGUUUGACAGUAUGCUGAAUGGAAAAGUACCAGCAGUAUGGGCUUCUAAGUCUUAUCCAUCACUCAAACCACUUGGCAGUUACAUUAAUGACCUGCUAGCUAGACUAAAGUUUUUGACAGACUGGAUAGAUAAUGGUUCUCCACCAACAUUCUGGCUAUCUGGGUUCUACUUUACUCAGUCAUUCUUAACAGGUGUAUCUCAGAAUUAUGCCAGGAAGUAUACAAUCCCAAUUGAUACAAUUGGUUUUGAAUUUGAAAUAGUCCUAGAAGGUGAUGUUGAUACAAGUUGUAAGCCUGAGGAUGGAGCUUAUGUUUAUGGUUUGUUCAUUGAAGGGGCCAGGUUUAAUAAAGACACUCGUAACCUUGGAGAAUCUUUACCGAAGAUCUUAUUUGAAACUCUGCCAAUUAUAUGGAUGAGGCCUAAUGAAAAAUCUAAGUUUACUCUUAAUCCUCAUUACAACUGUCCAGUAUACAAGACAACAGCUAGAAGAGGAGUGCUGUCCACAACUGGCCAUUCUACCAACUUUGUCAUGUUCAUGAAGUUACCAUCAGACAAGCCACAGAAGCACUGGGUUAACAGAGGUGUAGCUGGCUUAUGUCAGCUUGAUGACUAAAUUUUGUGGCAUUCAUUUGGAACUUGUUGUUGAUACCAUUCCGUCCUUAAUAGAUCAAAUGUGAUAUUUUAUUAUUUAGAUGUGACUGAUACAUUCAACUGCUAAAGAAAAUAAUCAAAGUUAUUUUUGCUGUUGAUAGAUAAUUUAUAGAAAUAACAUAUUUUACAGAAAUGUAUAUAUUAUUGUGAAUGUUUUCCACAAAGUGAAUUCUAAAACUGCUGAUUUGAACAUAAAUGUGUGUCUUUUUCCACAAAGUGAAUUUUAAAACUGCUGAUUUGAACAUAUAUUUUUGUAUAAUGGUGCAUUUAUUUGUACAUUGUGAUUGUUUGCUUUCAUUAGUUUAUUUUUCACAUACGUAAUGUUUAUAGUCCUGAUCUCCGAAACAUAUAUAUAUAGGAAACAAAAGUACAUCAAAGUACAGGGUGUGCUAGUAUAGUAUUGUCAGCAUUAGUUGCCAAAUUGGAAGUCAAGAUUUUUUACAGGGUUAGAGUUAUUCCAUCCACUUUCUUUGUUUGACUAUGGUUUACGUAUUGUAAACAAGAUUUUACACAGGAGUGUCCAAUCAUCUGUCUGUGAUAUCUAUUUUUGUGCUAUUUUUACUGUUUGAACAUUCCAGUCAUAUUUAUUUUUAGUUUUAUUUUGUAAAUAAGGUGUUUCUCAAAUUCGGCAUAGUUCUGCUGUAAUCAUUGAGAUGAAAGGUGUUAUACACUAUAACUUGGAUGCACAAUUAAGAUAGUGUAGAAUGGCGUACAGUCCUGUGUUCAUUUAGACAGCUGUACAUAAGUAUAUUGACACCCCUAUAUCUUGUAAUCUGUGAUAGUUAUUUUACUCUUGUUUUAUUUCAUAAAUAUAUUUUAAUAUGAUUAUUAAUUCCGUCCAUAUGAACUAAUGUCCUUGGUAUUAAUUUGAACUAUAUAUAUGAUAUAUCUCAAAGAAAUAUUUUUUAUUACUUGAAGUACUGCUGAUUUAGACGAUAUCUGCUGAAAUUUCUGCAUUAAUUGCCAAAUAUGUGUACAAAGGGUUAAUUUUUUUCAGAAAGAGGUGCUUUUUCCCAAAACAUAGUGAUUUAUUUCAUUUGAGUUAAAAGGCAACAAGAGAAUACAUGAAUGAGACGAAAUUUAUCCUUUGUACAUCAUUAUUGUUUUUGUUGUGCCAAUUAAGUUUACAAAUAAUAUUUUGUUUGUCUAAUCCUUCAUAUCGUGAAAUAAACCAUAUUUGUGAAAA